AUGGGAAAGAAAUUUCAUAAUUAUUAUUGUAUUUUUUUUUAAGAAGAUGUAGAAUGUAAUAAAUAUGCUUCAUAUUCUUAAGGAUUGGUACAUAUUUCUUAGAAAAUGUAAUUUAAAUUAGAAAAAAAGAUUAUAAAUAAUAUUGAAAAGGUGGCGGCGAUUAAGAAGAAUUAUCAAUAAAGAGAGGGCCGAUAGUAUGACCCUUCUUUUUUAAGAGAUUUAUCACUUAUUUAAUAACAAAAAAAUACUAUUUCCAUUAUAACUUAAUAAAUUUGCUGA